AUGGCAUCAGGUUCCUGUUUGCCGACUGUGGACAGACAUAGUUCUAAGCGAGCUCCCUUAAUUUCAACCAAAGAGAAGUGGACUGUGCUGGAUGGGCAGCCCAACCCUUUAACCCACAAUAAACGAGCUGUGCCUCUAAAGAGGCUAGCCAGCGCAGAAGAUGAUCUGGUGUUGGGUGUGGAAGCUUCUUUGUAUAACAAAAACAUACACCGUAUCACUGUACAAGAAUAUAUAAGAUCUCUAAAACCACAAUCAGGAAAUCCAUCUUUAUCAAGGUGGAACAGUGUGGCCUCAUCCUUUUCAGUCAGUACUGGAAUCAAAAGUGUAAUGGAUGUUUUGGAUCGCUGGCAGGAUGAUCCAGAAGAGAUUCUGUUAGACCUGGGCUUUGGGGUAGACGAACCUGAUAUUUUUAUCAAAAUUCCUUCAAGGUUUAUAAACUGUCCAUCGAGUGCAGAAGGAAUUAAUAUCAGAGUCUUCCUUGAGGCACAGAAGAUGCGGAUGGAUACUGAGAACCCUGAUUUCUAUAAUCGCUUCCGACAGCUGGAGGUCUUGCAUCAAGUGACCAGCGUCUUUUCAAACCUGUUCAAUAAUGUAAGCAUAAAUACGUCAGGUGUCACUGAACCUCCUGUAACUACCCCAGAGGAGAAGAAAGCAUCCGAACUGAAAGAAAAAAGAAAAAAGUUAGCCAUGUUUCUCCGACGAGCCUCCAAACAAACCAUAAGCAUGGCACAAAGCAAGCAAGAAACACAGAAAUCAACACAGUCAUCAGAGAAAGACAGUGGCUCCCCUAAUGCUGCAAGAAGCGAUGUAAAAAUAGCUUUUAGGCAGCCAAGGCAAUGUCUUCUUGAAAAUGGAUGCCUGUCACCCCUGGAAGAAGAGCAGAGUCCUGCAGCUGAGACACCUCCAGAUUUGCAUCUAGAGAAGGUUGCAGAGAAAGAGAAUCCACAGACUGCUCCUUUAUCUGGAGUGACAGGGGGUGAACAUUCACCAGCCUUGGAAUGUUUACCAAGAGUCAGAACAUCCCUAGAGUCCCAACAUAAUGCUGCCAUUUCACUGAAAGGAAAACAUGGUGAUCGACAGGCUCCCGAUUCCUUUGAGAUGGAAGAGAUUCACAGCUUUGACGAGGGAAGCGUUUCAGGGAGCACUUCAGGACCAGUUACUCAAGUCACUUUAGAAGAUUCUGUCAUAAGAAGAGAAAAUAGCUGCCAGUCAGACAGUAGUGGAUUUCUGGAGGAACCAUCAGUGCCUUCUCUUUUACAGAAAGCUACAGUAAUGCCUCUGGCUUCAAAGACACUUCAAAAACUGGAUACUAAUUGUGUGGACAGCCAGACUACUUUCAGGGGAAACAUGGAUCUCUCAACUUCACAUCAAGAUCCAGAGAAAGAAUUAGAUUCUGAUGUUUCACAGAAAAAUGGUUUGACAUCGGAUGAUGAAAAUGUAAGAUCUCCACAACUGGAAUUACAGGAAGAGGAUGACUGUUCUUGUUCCCAUAACAUACAAGUUUCCAUAGUUGUAGAAAGUAACACCUCUGUUAUCCAGGAAUACUUGAAGGUUCCAGUACCAUUGCAGGGAACAUCAUUAGAAGACAGUGACUUAAUCUUAAAUGAAUGUAACAAAGAGCACUUUAACAAAGAAGUGACAGUACCAGAACCAAUGGAUGACAAUGGAAGCCUAAGCACUGCUUUAGACAAUCAAGGUCUAAAUGUGCAGCUAGAAAUCAUUCCUAAUUUGGACACAAGUGAAAGUGUUAGACAUCAAGAUGGAGACAUGCAAAUACCAAAUAUGCAACUGCAAAACACCCCAGGUUUGGAUUACAAUACAAACAUAUUACCUCUUUCUUUUGGUGAUAAGUCUCAAAACUCAAUUCAAGAGGUUGAGAUUUUCCCUGUUUUUUCUCAGACUGAAGAAGGCCUACGAGAUUGUCCCGUUAAUAUUUUGGGGACCAAUACAAGCCAAAGUGAAGGCUCUAAAACAGAUCUAGAGGUUAUCAACAGUCAUGCUCUUGAGUCUUCCCCAGACAGUCUUCCCCAGGCAUUUAAUAGCACCUUUCAUUCUAUUAACCAACAGGCAGACUCAAAAAUGGAUCAGUGUGAAUAUACAAUGCCUUCUUAUAGACCCCAUAAGCUCAAAGAACUUUACCAAACAUCAAACCCAAACAUUGCCUUAACCAGAUCUGUAUCUGUACAGAUGUCCUCAAACUUAAGGACUACUUUCCAAUACAGUCUGCCCAAAAGGCAUAUAGCCAAAGGCCAUUCUUUGGAAAUCAUGUCACAAACACAUCAGCAAGCCAAAACAGAGGCCUUCAUGAAAAGGUCAGGGUCUGUUAUUCCACUACUUCACUGUAUGGAUAACAGAAAUGUCUUUGGUCAGACUAUUCUCGAACAUAAGCAAGAUGCUUAUAAACCCAUACUUUCAUGUGAUAGUCAUGGCUACAGCUUCUUGUCCAAUUCUGUAUCAUUGGAUACUGGACUUGUAAAUGAUGAUGGUAACUCGGACGAGAUGUUUAAUGAUCGUUCCUGUCACCACCACUGCUGCUGUUCUCCAAGUGGCUUUUCUUCACAUGGCUUUUACGCUAAGGCAUCUGAUAAUGUUACAGUGGGUCACUUGCAUAAAACCCUGGAGCUACUUCAAUGUGCAAUCAGGAAUGUAGCUGCUUUCCCAUACACAACUAAUGGAAUCGAAAUCAUCACAAAAUCCUUGAGGACAUUUCGUGAAAGGCUGAUAGAAAUUGAAGAAGAACUUGAUGAUGAGCAGGCUUCCGUUUACAGCAUUCUUUCUGAUUUAGAAAAAGAGGAAGUGAGGCAUGUAAAAGCUUUGCGGAAGGCUGUGAGACAAGAAGUAAACGAGCUGGAGAAUCAACUUGCAGUCCUAGCAUGCCAUUAUGAGGAAGGAAUUCAAUUGGAAAUGCAUCGACUCUUGGAAGUGCAAUCCUGUCUUCUUGCAGAGCUGCAAGUGAAAAGUCUUGUAAACUCUCAAACAACACCUGAUUUGAAAAUCAAGUCUCCUACCAGAAGUAUCUCCACACAGUGUCUGGCUUUACCUGAGGUCUGCUGUGAAAAAAGUGUUGACUUAAUUGACACAAUAGGUCCCCUCUCAAAACUGAGUUCACAGGGGACAAAGGACACAACUUCUAUUGCAGCUGAAAAUCCCACACCUGAGAGGGCAGACUUAAAAGCAAUGUACUCACCCAUAAACGAAACUGUCAAAAAGCAAAAUUCACAGGACAAACGGGACUUUAUGGCCUUCCUACAAAGUUUAAAGGAGUCUUUCAGGACGUCCUUCAACAGUGACACGCCACAAUGAAAACUCUUUAUAAGAGAAGGCACACACAAAAGCUCUCCAGCAGGACUGGGGAAAAAGCCCAGAGUCUGGGUUAACUGGAUAAUCACCAGCACGUGACACGCAGAGCUGAGUCCCAUCAAGCCGAACAACAGAAGGGAUCAUCACAAUGCUGAAACUGGUGCUUUUCAUGACCUGUAAACCUGCUUAGAAGCCUUUGUACCCAACCCUCAUGCAGAUGACUUUGCAAUCAGUUUACUUUUAACCUUUUUUUACUGAUAUGACUUAGAAUGCUCUGAAUCUGAAUUCCCAAUUAAUGAAUUGCCUGUUGAGAAAGACCCCUGUUGAGAACAUGAGUAAGGAACUUUGGGUACCAACUGACCACUUUUGCCAAAUACUUGGAAAUUACUUUUAAUGAAGAGAUAUUAAAUUGUAUAAUUUGCUACACUGCUCUGUGUAUUUAACAGUAUGUUUUCAUUUGAUUUAAUUGUAUUACAAAUGCAAGAAGCUUCUGAGUUUAUUUAUAUAAGGGACUUGGACCCACAAAUAACCUCAAUCAAACAUGGGCAGUACCAGAUUAAUGGCUUAACUGUGUUUCAGUUGUGAUUCAUAAAAAUAUACAGUAAUAGACUGUGCCUUGCUUUAAAUGAUUGUGUAAUGUGUUACCGUUUUUGGUGAGUGAAAAUCAAUGUGAAAAUGACCUGGUUUGGUCACACUUUGUUUUAACUGAAAAAGCUGCAAUCUGUGUGUGAAAAGAAAGAGACCAGGUUAUGUGCAUAAAAGUAUUUAUUUUUCAUUUUUGUUCACAGAAUUCUUUUGAACACCUUUUUAUUAUUAAAAUGAAUUUGUUUUUUUACACCUUACCAUGUGUCUAGUAAAGUUCUAAUACAAUACAAGUGAAGCCAAAUAAUUACUUCAACUCAGUUUCUUGUGGCCAUUGCUCAAGGAUAUGGCAACUGUGUUAUACAGGCCCAUUACAUAGUCAAAUGUAAUGAUUAACAACACUACUGCCUGAUUAGAGAUUUAAUAAGUUUUAGAUUGA